ACACUUCGUUACUUCACUUGCCUAGGACUAAUGGAAAUUCUUAUUAUUUUAAGACAUUUCUAUUAUUCAACACAGUGCACUUAAUCUGACUCCAUGAUAUAAAAAGUUUAUAGUUAUUACAUCUCUCACGAAAUUCUCUGAUGUUCGAAGUCGAAUGUGCAGCAAGUAUCUAGGAAACUUUGAUGUAAAUAAUUUAUCACGCAAACGGAAAACGCAGAAAAUGGCGAGUUAUGGGAGUGAUUGUUAUAAUUUCAUUUGAGAAAUUGAAUCUUGCAAUAUGGCUGCAACCGUCAAAGUGGAAUCUGAAUCAGUUGCUGACAUUGAUCCAUUAUCUACAAAGAGUGAAAAUGAGAUUCUUGACAUAAAACAUGAAAACUAUAUUCUACCUGUAGUGAUGAAAGAAAGUGAAUACAUUACAGGUGAUAUCAAGCCAGAAUUUGAUUCAGAUAGUGAUGAUACUCAACUAAUGCCUUCACCUGGACAUGGAGAACUCUUUGAAAUGAUACUUGACGAGGAUCCUGUCCCCAUAAUCAUGAGUGAACCAGAGACUAUUGAAGGGCAUGUUUGUGAGCAUGAUCGCCGGCAUGGAAAAUCACACUCGUCAAAACGAGGUCACACGUGUACAUUCUGUGGAAAAUCCUUUAUUCGUAAACAACACCUGACAGAUCAUAUACGUAUGCACACUCAAGAAAGACCUUAUACAUGCGACAUAUGUAAGAAAUCAUUUUCUCGGAAGGGUUACCUGAAGAUACACCUUCGUUUCCACACUGGACAUCAACCUUUUUCAUGCAGGAUUUGUAACAAAUCUUUCAACCAAAGGAGUCAACUAGAGACGCACGUUUAUGAACAUACAGCAGAAGGACCUUAUUCGUGUGAUGUAUGUGACAAGUUAUUCAGUGACAGGAUUAAUCUUAUACUCCACCAGCGUGUGCAUUCGGUUCAUUAGCAAUGUCAUGGUCACUUUUCCAAGGUUGUGGCAAAAGAUGUCAGUCAAAAGAAAAAAUUCCCAUGUCUUUCCUGUAUUUACAUGCCAUAUAGCAAUUAUAUAAGCAAAGUUGUGCUAUUUACUUGGCGCGCGUGGGGGGGUGGAUACAUAGCUACUUCUCGUUCUUUACCUCAGUAGGGGCAAGCGGUCAGCAUCAAGCCCUGGCUGUGCUUCACUGCUGGGGAAACGAUUCCUUGUACCCACUGGAUAAGAGGUUGGGUGGGCUUCAGCGCCAGAAGAAAAAACCUUUGCCCCUGGCAGGGAUCAAACCCUGGUCAUCCAGUCCUCAGUCAGCCACUAUGCUGAUUAAGCUGCCCUAGCUCUAAGUGAUUAGAUAAGCAUAAAAUAAUUCUUAGCUACUAAAUCAUCUUGUUUUCGUUAAAAAGAUUUGUUGAUUUCAGACUAGUAGCUGAAAGAUGGCAGAAUCUGUUGCGUUAGUUUUCAUGCUGUCGUAGGGGCACGGGAAUUUUUUAGUCUGACUGACAGCCCGGUGCACUGUAAUGUGAGAGACACCAUACCCUGUCCAUACACGUAUGGCGUGUCAGAACCUGGUCUUGUAGGUUUGUGUUUUUCAUCACUGUCAUAAGCCCUCAAAUAAAUAUUUCAUGGUGGUUC